AUGGGUAUUGGGAAGAGGAAGAGGAGAGGUGAGAAGGAGGACCGGAUGCGUAAUGGGUUGUUCUUGGAGGUCCACCUUGUUGGCACUAAGAAGAUAGAGCUUUUCCAGCGAUUCCAGUGUUGUCCCACCUGUUUUGUGACCACUAAUACAUUUUUUGUGAAAAGGUCAUCGCGGCUGAAGAAUUCCAAUACCAGGUGGAACCAGAUAGUAAAGUUGAAGCUGCCGGCCAGGCCAGUGUCGCCGUAUGUAGACUUGGUUGUUUACGAUUGCAUUUCUUCUAAACAUUCUCACGGAGUGAAUGAUGAAAGUGAUUUGAAUAGUGGUUCCGAGGUGGAAAAUAAGAGAAAGAGAGGUUACUCUUCGAGUUCUGCGCUGACGCCAUACUCAAGAACAAACCUCAGUGUUAGCGGUGAAAGCAUUUCUGAUGCAUCGAUAUAUGGAAACUCAACAGCGGAAGGAACCAGGUCGAACGUAACGUCCAAAAACUUGCCAUACUUGACAAUUGACAAUAACAAAAGCUCUACAACAGCACAUAGACAUUCUAGAUCUUUCGGAAAUUUGAGUCUACAGAGACUUAGUAUCCCAAGUCCAAGUGUGAGUUCUUCUCCCAGUGGUUAUAGUCCAUCAGGGCAAAAGCGAAAUUUCACGUCUGAUAGUAAUAAUCAAGGUAGCUUGGGCACAAGGAAUAAGUCUUCCUAUCUCUACGUUGGUGAAACUAGAGUUUCUCUGACUGACAUAUUCAAAGUAAAAGAUACAGCUACUGGAUACAAUUUCUUUCAACCUCCGCAAUGGUUCCCGCUUUAUGAUAAGAAAAGACAAAAAUCAGAUGAUUUUGGUAAAGAACAAAUCAUUGGAGAGAUCCAAGUGGGAUUUCGGUUGAAGUGUAAUAACAGAAGCCAUUCAAUUGUACAGGAAUUUAACGAAUGGAACAAAUACCUGCAUGAGAAUAAGAAAAGUAACCUUGAUUUAAGAAAUGUUUACAGUUCAUCAGCUUAUCUGGAUGAUGAAAACGAAGAUCUUUUAUCAAUGAAGGACCCCGAUGCUAGAGACUUGUGUGACGAGUUUAUCGAAGAAAACAUUAACCUUGAUGAAGAGCAAGUGGUCAUGGAUGAAGAUGAUGAUGAUGAACUUGAAGAUGAUGUAUUGGCUAUACCCAAUGAAUUGAUUGAACCACUUGGUCUUUUGCAUCUAAGUUCUAAUAACUCUGAUGAUUCAACAAGCCCCGAUGCAUCUGGCAAAAAUGAUAGUGAUCCAAGUAACGAUGCAUUUGAUGAAUUAGAAAACGGUUAUGAAGAUGACGUUGAAUCAUUUUCAGAUGAACUAAAAGAUAUCGACUAUUUUCCAGAUGAGCCAUUAAUAUCUGAAAAUUUGGAAAAUUCAAGUAUCUUGACUAUACCGACAAUGGUGACAGCUCUAGAUGAAUACGAAGUUGUCCUGCCCAGUAGUGAUGAAGUUAUGACCUUGGAUGAUGUCAUAGCAUCUAGAAACAGCUCACCGGACACGCCUACAGAUGGUUUAUCCAGGAUUAAGAGCGGAAGUCCACAUAUCAGAUCUACUGGUUCUUUUAAGGAUGAUAGAAAUGAAGAAUCUGAAAAUAGUUCAGAUCUGAACAGUACAAUUUUGAAAAUGAACAGAAAGAAAUUAUUUCCAAUGCUGAAAAGGAAGAGAACAAGAGCUAACUACUCUUCGUUCUCUAACUAUUAUGAGACACUGCUAAGUAGAAAAUUUCAGCUCUCAAAGAGAGAACAUGCACUUGGUGUAAUGUUUGUGCAUUUUGAGUCCAUAGAAGGUUUGCCAGAAUUAAAGAAUAAGAUAUCUAAAACAUACUACGCAAUGGAUCCAUUUAUUAUUAUGACAUUUGGUCGGAGAGUGUUUAAAACUUCGUGGAGAAAGCACACGUUAAACCCUGUGUUUGAUGAACGCGCUGCUUUCGAAAUUUAUCCAAACGAAAAGCAUUACGAUAUACAUCUAAGUGUUAUGGACAAAGAUUCUUUUUCAUAUAAUGAUAUGAUAGCUAAGUAUGAAUUAACACUGCAAGAAGUAAUGCAGAAACAAACUCCAGAUCAUGAUUGGAAGGUUAUUGAAAUUCCUCUAAAAUUGACAUUACGAGAUUCUGAAAAUUUUGAUUCUCCAGUUUUAAGAUUAGGAAUUAGAUAUGUACCCUAUUCGCAUUUGAAGAGUUAUUUCUGGAAAAGGGCUGUAUCUCUUUCUACAGAUAGAGAGACUUUUGACCUCGUUCAAACCCUGUUAUUUUUGCAAAGAUUAGGCUCUUUUUCCGAGUUUGAUGUCUUGGAGUUUUUUUCUUAUUACAAAAAAUUGCCCUGGAGUGGAGAAACAUUAACACAGGAUGAACUAGUGAAUGGGCUUCAACAAUGGACAAAAUCAGGAGAUUUUAAAAAUAUCUGGAAGUGUCCAUCCUGUUUUAGAUCAUUUCGCCCUUCUAAUAAUGAUAUGAAUUCAAAAUUAAUACUGGAAAAUGAUUUGAUAACCCAUUUUGCUCUUUGUAGUUUCAAAAAAUGUGGAAAAGUUCUAAAGCCAUCAUAUGUUUCAUCUCAAUUUGCUUCCAAAAGGUGGUUCAGUAAGUUAUUGAUUAAGCUAACUUAUGGUAAGUAUGCAGUUGGGUCAAAUAAUGCCAAUAUUUUAGUACAGGACAGAGAUACUGGUAUUGUUUUGGAAGAAAAGAUAAGUGCACAUGUAAAGGUGGGUAUGAGAAUAAUAUAUAAUGGGAAAGGUAAAGAAUCAAAAAAGUUUAAAACGCUAUUGAAAACGCUAUCCGUGAGACAAGGCAAAAAAUUUGAUAAUCCCUUAUCCGCUAAACAAAUUGACUCCUUCAUUAAAUUUCAUGACUUGGAUAUGAGUCAGUGUGAACCUACAGAAUAUCGUACCUUUAAUGAAUUUUUUUACCGGAAGCUAAAACCAGGGAGUAGGCCACCUGAAGGUGAUACUUCUGAGGUGAUGGUUUCGGCAGCAGAUUCUAGAUGUACUGUUUAUUCUACUAUUCAAAAAUCUAAAGAAAUCUGGAUCAAAGGAAGUAAGUUCAGCUUGAAUAGAUUAACAGGUGGUUAUCGUCCAGAAAUCUUUAACGAUUCUUCAUGCAGCAUAGCAAUUUUUAGAUUGGCACCGCAAGACUAUCAUAGGAUACAUUGUCCUGUAGAUGGUGUGGUUGGAAAGCCUAUAUUUAUUAAAGGAGAAUAUUACACAGUUAAUCCAAUGGCUGUCAGAAGUGAAUUAGACGUCUUUGGUGAAAAUGUAAGAGUUAUUGUACCAAUAGAAACUAAGGAGUUUGGUCCUUUAUUAUAUAUUGCAGUCGGUGCUAUGAUGGUCGGGUCAAUAAUUUUAACGUGUCAAGAAGGUGAUUUUAAGAGACGAGGUGACGAAAUGGGCUAUUUCAAGUUUGGAGGCUCGACAGUAAUAUUGGUUAUGCAAUCGAAGAAGUUAAUAUUUGAUUCUGAUCUAGUUAGCAACUCUUUAGAGGGCAUAGAAACUUUGGUUAAAGUUGGGAUGAGCAUUGGACAUACUCCUAAUAUUAAAGAAAUAAAAAGAAGAAAAGUGAAACCCACGGAUGAAAAGCAAAUAGAAAAAAUUAAGAGAAGUAUAUCAGUAGCCGAACAUAAAGCUGAAAAUGCUGGCAAUAUUCCCUGGCAGAUGCAGCUUCUCGAGAAAGAUAUCAGAGAAGGUAAUUUAUGGGGAACCGACACUUGA